AUGGCAGCGGUAAACGCGGCGGCGCUGGUUCUACAGCAUCCCGGCGGCAAAAUCGACAGGUACUAUGGCUCUAUAUCCGUCAGCGAGAUCAUGGGUAUGCAUCCUGGCCACUACGUCUCUCUCAUCAUUCCUUUGACGGAGGAGGAAGAGAAGAAUAUUCCGGCGACGGUGAAGAGAGAGGAUAAGAAACAGAGGAAGACUGUGAGGUUUACACGUGUCCAGCUUCUCCGGCCGACGGAGAAUCUUGUGCUUGGCCACGCUUACCGGCUCAUUACUUCACAAGAAGUGAUGAAGGUCUUAAGGGAGAAGAAAUGCGCGAAGACGAAGAAGCACCACACUGAGACGACGGUGAAGAAGUUGUCGGAGAAGAAAGUUCCGGAGAAGAAACAAGGGAAGCAGCUUCGUGUGUUAACGAGUUCAACUUCUUCCUUAAAGUCUAAAACAUGGAAGCCCUCUCUUCAGAGCAUCUCCGAAGCUACGAGCUGA